GACAGAGUUGAUGGUAUGUUUUCGGUGAGUCAGGACAGUCGGUUUAAAAACUCGUUAAGAAUCUCAUUGCAGUGUUCGAAGCUGUACGAUUACGCGACUUCCACCGAAAAAGAAGAGCCAUAAUUUCGCUAGAAUUCCUAGCGUAAUAUCCACGAACCACAGAGAGUCAUCCUUGCGAAACACACGGUCUAAUCAGCUCGACGAAAAUCACCCCUUCCCUUCUCCUCCCACGCACAAACCCCCCCAUGACAAGCAUCUAACGUAGCCUCUCUCUAUUCGACUCGCUCAAAACGCCCACGACCCAGUGUGGAGUGGAGAACAGUAUACAGUAGUACACGUCCAGCGUCGGACCCAUCGUGUCAUCGCAACUCGUGUUCUCUCGAAGGGGGGAAAAGUACGUUUUCCCAUGUAUAAAACGCACCGAGAGCCCGAGCAGCUAUAGUACACAGGCUCGAAUGUAUGUGGCAAUAACGAGUCGGCGAACGGGCGAACUCACGGCGUUGGACCAAUGGCCAGCAAGUGGCACGAGGCAAUCAACUGGCCGAAUGCAAUAGUGCAAGGAAUCCGGGCUUCCACUUUUGCCAAUUCCACCGCAUCUCGUACCAAAGGCUCCUCGGCUUUUCGUUGCCUGUAGGCUCUCAGACACGAGUGUCCGACCGCCGCAAGUGGACAUGUUCGCACUUCUCGCACGCGUGUGCCUGGCGGCAACAAUCACGGGAUCGGCGCUCGGCGCGUUACCGCCUUACAUAAAGGUGUGCAAAAGGUCCGACCCGAACAUCAACGCCUGCAUCACUAACUCGAUCGAGGACCUGAGGGAGAAGCUCGCCACGGGUAUACCCGAGCUCGAGGCACCUGCGAUCGAGCCUCUCAACCUCGAUCAGAUAAGGCUGCUCCGGGGACCAACCGGCGCGAGACUCGACAUCAACGUCACGGGUCUCCAGGUCUUCGGUCCGUCUUCCUUCAAAAUACGAGACCUGAAAGCCGACACCAACGACGUCAAGUUCACAUUCCGAGUUUCGUUCGGCAAGCUGCAGUUCAAGGGAAAGUACUCGAUCGACGCAAGGCUGCUGCUUUUAAGGCUCGCGGGAAGCGGAGAUCUGACCGGAAACUUCACCGGCUACGAGUCCGAUGUGGUGCUGAGAGCUAGGAAGGUCCACAGGGACAACGACGUGUACCUGAACUUCGAGAAGAUGAAGCUGGCCAUAACGAUAGGCUCGGCGAAGGUACACCUGAGUAACCUGUUCGGAGGAGACCCUAUUCUAGGACCCGCCAGCAACGACAUACUCAACGCCAACAGCGCAGUUUUCCUCGACGAACUACGGCCUGUUCUGGAGACGGCCCUUGCCGAUCUCUUCACGAACGUGGCCAACAAAAUCACCGGAUCCUUCACCUACGACGAGCUAUUUCCAAAGGAUUAACGUUUACGAUUAUUAAGUUAUUACAUAGAUGCAUAUCAUAUAGAUUCUAUAUCCACACGAACGUAUUAUACAUAUACUAUCCCUAUACACAGUCAUAUCGUGAAUCAAGGUUCAAAGUGCUUCAAAUCAAAAUAAAUCGUGUGUAUCGACAGUAAAUCAAAAUUUAUUCAAAUACGUGUGUAGCUUUAGAAUCAUUAAUUUUCGUAAUUUUUGUUAUACCCGAAACGUUUUUUUGUAAAAUGAAAUAAACGAAAUAAUUUCAACGACCAC